AUGAUGGAACCCAAGGACUUUGUGAUCUCCAACACUAUCCAGGUUGAAGUGUUCGUGGCUGGCGAUGGUCUCAACUAUCCGAAGAAGGGUCAGACUGUAGUCAUCCACUACACGGGCUACCUCCAAGAUGGCAAGAAAUUCGAUUCGUCUCGAGAUCGAGAGAAACCUUUCAAGUUUAAAGUCGGCGCAGAGCAAGUGAUCCCUGGACUGGACGAAGGAGUCGAAAGACUGUGUAUGAAGGAACGAGCCAAGUUGUUUGUGCCUGCUGACAAAGCCUACGGUCGCAAAGGUUUCCCGGGUCUAGUGCCGCCCAACACAAACCUCAUCUUCGACAUCGAGCUGCUGACAUUCCGUUGA